AAAAGGAGCUGAAAAUAUGAAAGAAUCACCUAAUUUUUUUUUAUAGAUUUAUAUUAUUUACUUUUAUUUUAUAGUCAACGUAUAAUGUGUUCAUGCUGGGUUUAUUAUCACUUGUUCUUGGUGAUUUUUUGAGGACAAUUUACAUCAAUGUGAUUAUGUGCGAUUAUGGUUGACACUUCAAGUUUAUUUUGAAACGAUUGUUUUGCAAUCUUUGAGAGAAAGGGAAACUUAAAUUUUGUGUAAAGAUGGAUACGUUUAAUCCUGUGUUGUCUUUAGAGAACGCCCGUAGCGCAGAAAACGAAGUUAAAAUCCUCGAAACGUUGUGUAGAUUUUUGAAUCCCAACAACGAACGACAACACAUUUCGGACGAUCACGACUUGGAUACAGAAUGGUUAAAAAAUGCUGAUGAUGGAGACGUUAUAAACCCGUUUCCUGAUAAAAUACCUCAAGAUAUACUCAAGGAACAAGAGUACCUUAACAGAUUUACGUUUUAUUUGUUCGACAGGCGGUACGGUUGGUCGGAACAUUCAAUUCGUGUAGACCCAAGUACUGCUAUAAAAGAAGGGCCCAGUCAUUCUAAUACGGGACGUUCAUCCUCUUUGGGAAUUGAGAGUAAAUUUAAAGGACAGAUUAAUGAAUUAUUAGAUGAUCUAUUAAAAUGGUAAGUAUUUCGUAUUUUUGUGACAUAAAAUAUUUUUCAAGCUUGUUGAGUUAUGAUAUUUUAUUGAAUGCUAUGUUUGCUUGUUAUACAAUAUUUUCAUAUUUGAACCUGGUUCAUAUUUCAAAUUAAUGACAAGUGUUUCCCAAAGAGCCAUUAGGGGCCAUCUGCAUCAAAAUUUUGUCCCGCAGUUGCAGACGUGUUCUGUGAUGGUCGGAUAGGGAGGAAAUAGCAGAAAAUCCACAAUGAAAAAGUGGGAUGGGGGUGGGGUGGGGGGGAUAGGGAAGGAAUUGGGUCAUUCCAGAAAACAUCCAUAACAUCCCCACAGAGAGUUAACCCCCCUACCCCCUUCAGAUGUCCUAAUACAUUUACUAUUAUCAGAAACAAUUCCUCCCCCUCCCCUCCGGACGGCAGAAAUUUCCUCCAUGGGAGGAGUAUGGUUCUUUUCUGGAACGACCCAUUCCAAGCAAUUUGUGCCAGAACAAGUCCACAAUCAUGCCACAGUAACAUAUUUUACCUAGGCCUCUGUAACCCAGAUAUUUUAACUGUUGUGAGACGUUUAAUGGCCACUGUUACAUUAUUUUGAAUUGAUUCUAGGUAUAUUUGUCAAACAAGUCUUUCAGAGAAGUUACUUAAAAGCUUAACUUAUGCUCUCUCAAAAGGUAGAGUACAAAAUCCUGCUGUGGUUCGUACCUUGCUGACUAAUGAGAUGGAUGUGUGAUCUAGUCUCAUUAAGGUUCAGUUUUCUAAAUUUUAUUAUAAAUUUAUAGCAUCCAACUUCCCAGUGGUCCGAAAUCAAACUCUGAUUCAUAUUCUCGACUGGCUAAAGGUUGCAGCAAAAGAAGGCUUUGAGCCAACAACAUUUAUGCUGGUGAAG